AUGUACAUCGCGUUGCAGCUUUUCUACAUUAUCGACUUGGACAUUACCAGCCAAAGCCUGACCGCCUAUGCACAAGUCGAGUUCAACUGGACGGAUCCAAGGCUGAGGUGGGACCCAGAGGACUACGGUGGAGUGGAGCUGAUCUAUGUGGAAUGCCAAACUCUGUGGAUCCCUGCCGAAACACUCUCUACAAGUCUUUCAACUACACGGACGAAUACAGAGCAACGAUAUGCUUGUCGUGUACAAUCAAAUGGUUCCGUCGAAUAUUUGCUGUCGGUCAAGGUGGAGCUGUUAUGCUUUGUGAAUGGCAACGGAGAGUGGGCGAUACAAAAUGUAACGGUCGUCGAUAACCUGGUCACGGGAGCUGACGAAGGCCUUCGAGUUACUAUGCUGAGCAUCGCCUUGACGAGUAUGAUGUCAAUGACAACAUUUGUGAAUAUUAUCUCUCAACAAAUACCUAAAACGGCGUCGUUUCCGCUUUUAGGUAUCUUCGUCCUCGUUUGUGUCUUCAUAACUUCCGCAUCAUGUGUGGACGUGUCCCGGCAAAGCUUAAUGGCCUACGCGCAAAUCGAGUUGAACUGGACGGAUCCGAGGCUCACCUGGGACCCAGAGGACUACGGCGGUGUCGAGCUCAUCUACGUGGAUAGUGAUUAUCUAUGGAUUCCGGCCGAGAUACUCGGAUCUAGUCUAUCGACCAAGAAGACCAAUAAGGAUCAACGAUAUCCGUGCCGGGUCCAGUCGAAUGGAUCGGUGGAAUACGUGCUAGCGGUCAGGAUGGAGCUGUACUGCAUUAUGGAUAUCCAACUUUUCCCCUUCGACACUCAAAUCUGCGAGCUGAGCUUCAUCCCCUACGGCUAUGAUGAUAACCAGAUUACCGCCUAUGGACUACUUUUCACGAAUAUGAUGUCUAUGACCACAUUUGUCGAUAUGAUCUCUCAACAAAUGCCAAAGACUUCAUCGUUUCCACUGUUGGGUAUCUUCGUCCUGGCCUGUGUCUUCAUCACAUCACUAUCCUGUGUGGUCUUGGUACUUUUUACAGAGCACAUCAACGUUAAGGAGCAACCAACAGGUACCUGGAAAGAGCGAUUAAUGCGCUUUGUCUUCGCCAAGCACUUCGGCUUCUUCAUCGUCUUCCAGGGCUGCAAUAUCGCCAAUUUUAUCGAUGCCUUGCGCCAAAUCAUGGAAGCCUACGCCCAGAUUGCAAUGUUUUGGGUCGAUCCCAGGCUAACCUGGGACCCAGUGGAAUACGGAGACGUUGAAGAAAUUUUUGUAGAUUGCGAUUAUUUUUGGAUUCCUUCGGAGAUUUUGAGUUCGAGCCUGACGACGCAGCAGACAACAAAGGAAUACAAACUACCCUGUCGUUUGUUGUCAAAUGGAACCGUUGAAAAUAUGCUCAAUGUGAAGCUGGAGUUGGCUUGUAUGAUGGAUAUCCAACUGUUCCCCUUCGACACCCAAUUCUGCGAGCUUGGCUUUAUUCCGUAUGGCUACACCACCGACCGGGUGAAAGUACAAGGGUCGAUGUUUGAACAGUAUGAAGGCGGACGCAGUUUGAUGGGCAACGGCGAAUGGCAAAUCAUAAACGUCAGCCAGAUCUCAAUGAUGGUCCCUGGGGAGCGCCAUGGGCAAGUGGAAAUGCUAUCCUACAUCAUUAAAUGCAAGCGACAACCUGAUUUCUACAUCUAUGUCAUUCUGAGCAUCGCCUUGACCAGCAUGAUGUCGAUGACCACUUUCGUAAAUAUGAUCUCUCAACAGAUGCCAAAAACGGCUUCAUUUCCUCUUCUAGGAAUCUUUGUCCUGGAUUGCGUCUUCUUGAUUUCCGUAGCGUGCGUCGCUCUGGUCCUUUUUACCGAACAUAUCGGCAUCAAAGAGAAGCCGGUUGGGCUGAACGAACAAAACAAAUCGUUUGUCCGAGAUUCCAAUCGACUGUUUGCUGCUCUUUUUAAAGAUUACUAUAAAGAAUUGGCGGCGAUAAAUACUGGGAAUGAGAGCGAUGUUGAGCUUGACCCAUUCGAGCUUGACCCGGAGCUGCAGCUCCUCUACAUCAUAAACCUCGACGCCAUGCGUCAGGUCAUGGACGCUUAUGCUCAAAUUGGGAUGAGUUGGAUAGACCCGAGGCUGACUUGGGAUCCUUCGGAUUACGGAGGAAUUCCGGAGAUCUACGUGGAUUGCGAUUACUUCUGGAUACCGUCGGAGAUCAUGAGCUCGAGUCUUUCCGCCAAGAAAACCAGCAAAGAAUACCAAUAUCCGUGCCACUUGAAGGCGAAUGGUACGGUAGAAUACGUAUUGACGGUAAGAAUGGAAUUGGCCUGCAUGAUGGAGAUCAAACUCUUUCCAUUCGAUACCCAAAACUGUGCGCUUGGAUUUGUCCCUCACGGCUACGGCAAAGGCAUGAUUACCGUACAUGGUUCGAUGUUCGAGACGUUCAACGAAAAUGGGAGUGCUCUGUUGAGUAUCGCUUUGACGAGUAUGAUGUCGAUGACCACUUUUGUCAACAUGAUCUCACAACAAAUGCCAAAAACUGCUUCGUUCCCGCUUUUAGGCAUUUUCGUACUCGUGUGUGUCUUUAUUAUCUCGGUAGCAUGCGUGGUAUUGGUGCUCUUCACCGAACAUAUCAACUUAAAGGAGAAGCCAAAUGGCAACUCACAAAACCUUUCCGACGGAUUUGAUUACGAUGUCACCACCGAUCUGGGCGAACCGAACGUGUUUUAUAACAACCUGAAUCGGAUCUCCGAUGCUUUAUUUAACAAUUAUCGUUCAAAAAUAGCGCCGAUAGAAAAUGGGUCUUUCAACGUGCGCCUAAUUUUGCAGUUGUUGUACAUUAUCGAUCUGGAUGUCUCCCGGCAAACCGCUGAAAUCUAUGUCGAAACCGACACCGCGUGGCUGGAUCCGAGGCUUUCUUGGGAUCCCCGAAAUUAUGGUGGCAUCGACUUCGUCUAUGUGGAUUGUGAUGAAAUUUGGGUGCCGCUGGUUGGGUUUUCUUCGAGCUUGUCGGCUGCUCGAGUCAACCCUAAUCGAGUGGACCAAUGCCGGAUCCUCGCAAAUGGAUCGGUAUCUUAUACGCAGAGCACAUGCAAUGAGUUGGUAUGCCCGAUGGAUAUCGGCAAUUUCCCGUUCGACUCGCAGACGUGCAUGCUGAGCUUUUCCUCAUCGUCCUAUGAUGGUACCAAUCUCACUUUGUCGGGCACGCUGUUCUCCAGAUAUAAACAGGAAUUAUCUAAUAUGGGCUCCGGCGAAUGGACCAUCACCGAUAUUCACAAAGCGGUAGACGAAUGGCCAGUGAAUAAUGAGGAUGCCUGGGCUUCUCAUCAGUUGGUCUUCAAAUUCUCGUGCUCACGUCAGCCUGCUUUCUAUUUCAACGUCAUCGCGCUUCCCUGCUUCCUGCUAACGUUUCUCUCCAUUACUGGAUGUUUUUGGACUCCGAAUGUGAAGAGUGAGCAAUUGGUGAAACUGAGCAUAGCGUUGACGAGUAUGAUGUCUAUGACCACUUUUGUGGAUAUGAUUUCGCAGCAGAUGCCGAAGACGGACACGUUUCCGCUUUUAGGUAUCUUUGUCCUUACCUGCGUCUUCAUUAUCUCCUUCGGAUGCGUGGCCCUAGUACUAUUCCCGGAAACGCUAAAGCACGACGUUUGCAAGAAGCAGGAACUG